CACCAUUACAGUCACAGACUCACAUGCACUGGCAGCGGUGGUUUUUCCACAUUCCGCUCAAAGGUAGACAUUCAGACAUAAUGAAGACACUCCCUCUCUGACCCGCACGAGGAGCAGGAAGGAGAGGAGGUGGAGGUGGCGGCACGCGGGACAGUUGAUGCGAUGCAGAGAGGAGGACGCUGCAGCUGAUGUUUGGAUCCUCAACAUGUCUGAGGAGUCUGACAGAUUAGGGCCAGAACAGGGCUGCGGCUAGCUUGAAACUCACAGUCAAACGCUGAGCUCCUGAUCCCUGCUGACCUGUCACCAUGACAGCUCCCACAACCCUCACAGCAACCAGGAGUCCUCUGAGAAGUUGUUAGGUUUACGAGCACAUUAACAUCUGCGAGACGCUUCGGGAACAGCGAUGCUUUGCCAGAGGGUUGCCCUGCUGAUUUCCAUCCUACUGGUGAGGAUAGGGCUUGUGGGAGGAUGCGUUUGUCCUCCAGCUACCAUUUUGUCCCAGUUUCCCUCUGAGGUUCCCGCUGAUGUCUGCUGCUUGAACUUCUCCGGUUCUUUUUUCAGCCACGUGCACUGGUCUGUGUUUACUAAUGAGACAAACAUCCAGACACUGGAUCUCUCCUCCUGUAAUAUCACUUCUCUUGAUAUCACUGGCACGAAGACAUCAACUUUUCAGAAGGUUUACUUAGGUCAUAACAAACUAAAAGAGUUACCAAGGGAGUUUCUUGCCAAUCAGCCAAACCUCAUAGAGCUGGAUCUGAGCUGGAACCUGAUCCAGGAGCUUCCUGAGGGUUUUUUAAAGGACUCUGAAAAUCUCCAGAAGCUGUACCUGCAAGAAAACCAGCUCUAUAUCCUCCCUGGCUCUGUGCUGCAGAAGCCAAGCUUGACAGUGCUUGACGUGGAUGGGAACCCCUGGGAGUGCUCCUGCAUGCUACUGGAAGGUCUGGAGGAAGGCGGGAAGGUAAACAGGACUAUGAGGCUUCUAGAUCUGGUAGGGAACUUAACAUGUGAAUCUCCAAUGCACCUUGCCGGCAGGAUUGUGUUCUCUAUUAAGCUAACAGACGUGUGCCGACCAGCCGGGCUCACAGCGCUCUUCAUCACUCUCCCUCUUCUCAUCCUCUCUGCUCUGAUUCUCUGCUGGUGCUGUGGCAGGAAGAGGAAGAAAAAAGAGGUUCCUCUAAGCGCCUCCAAAAAGAGAGCUUCCAGUUCAAGUAGCAACGCUCAAAAGCAUUACAAAAAGCAGCAACCUGCUGCCACAGAGCAGAAUAAAGACCUCAAUGAGGGGAUCCUGAAGAACCAGCUGCUGCUACGUCCAGCAUCCACCCUCCUGGGCAGCACCAGAGACAUUUAUGAGGAGGUGGAGAUUAAACUGGGCUCAGUGGAGUCUCUGCCCAAAGAACCCUCAUGUUGCUCCUCUACAGAGGGGAAGCAGGGUCUACAGGAGCCUGACGGGGUCAGUAAGACAGACCUGGACACAGUCAGUGUGACAGAGGUGAUGAAAGACUCAGCGGACAGGGAGAAAGCUUACAUGACUCAGUCCACUGAAUACUACAGCCUGGUACCGGGGAUUGAACUGGAGGACUCGGACCACGGCGAGUAUGAGAACGUCAGCCUCUCAUGACACGGCCUUAAAGGAAUAAUAUGACGUUUUGGGAUUUUUUACAUUUAAAGCAGCCAUGAUGACUGAAGAGGUCUGACAUGAAGAAGUACAUUUUUUUUGCCUUUUUUUGCCUUUUUUGUUAUUUUGUGGUAAGAGAUUCUGCAUUUCCAUCCAUGCUUACUCACUGGUCUGAAGUUGUUUGAAAUUUUGAAGUGUUAAAGUAGAAAUAACCUAAUAAGAAGUUUUAAACAUGAUUGUGAUUGUUGCUUACUUGGUGCUUAAAUUUACAUUGCCUAUAGAGAAUGAAUUUUAGAAACAAGGUCCUCAAGGGCAUAUAAGGGUAGAGAUGGAGCCUGGAGCUGUUAGCAUACUUAGCAUAAACAAUGAAAGCAUCCAGCUAGACUGGCCUAAAGAGGAGAAGAAUAUUCCUAAACCUGUAAGGUAAAUUAAAUAGUAUGUUUUAUCUCUCAUGUUUAAUUGAGCACCAACACUGAUGUCUCAUUUCACUUAAAAAAACACUCAUAGAUAGCUCAGUGGACAAGUCAAAGGUCAUCUGCACCUUUUUUGUGAAACAUAUACCUUUUAACAGCAUCUUUAUUUCCUUUUCAAUCCAUAGCAGGUGAUUAAGUUCAUGCAAUUAUCUUCAAUCUAUGCAAAGGUCUUUAUUUUCCUCCAGAAAAAGUGGGUCUGUAUGCAAACAUGAAGUCUAGUUUACGGCCUUGUCCACACAGAGAAGAAAAUGAUCUGGUUUUUUUUUGUUUGUUUGUUUUCAAAAAGUUUUCUGUAAGCAUCAUUUCAAGAAAUAUCCACGUUAGCAUGAAACAAUUGAAAAUGGCUGAAAAUAUAGUAAGUAUAUGCCAGGCAUGUAAAUGGUGCUGAUACAGAAAUAUAUUAAAAAACAGAGAAGAAGGUUUUAGAUAAAAUAGGCUAGCAUUAAAUCCCUGCCACUUUUUUAUGCUAGGCUAGGCUAUCUCCUGGCUCCUGACUCUAUAAUUAACCCUCAAAAGUGCUUUCUUAACUCAGUAAAAAUCAUGUUUCUCAAAAUAGACCUCUGGAGUAUUCCCCUAGAAGCACUAAACGGAGUCACUGUUAUCUACUGAUACAGGGACAGCGUGGUCCAGCCUCUGUGGUAUCACAAUGUAAGAGGAAGUGAUUUAAUACGGAGCUUUUCCUGUGGGACCUGAGGAACGCAGUGACCGUUGCAAAGGGAGGACCCCUUUUUCACUCUGGAAAGAGCUACUUUCAAGACACAAAUGCAUAAGGGACUUCUUUUUUCUAUUUAAUGCUGCACUCAAUGCAAAUGUACUCUACAUGUUGUUCCCAGUCUAUAACAAAGACACAGGCAUAUUUUAAUGACUACUUGUUCCAGGUCAAGCAAGCUUUUGUGUAGCUCUUGUUUACCUCACCCAAGUGCAAUUGUUAAAUGCAUUCCAGUUUGACUUGUUAUAUAUUAUACUAAAGACAGGAUGUCCUUGAUCAAACUUUUCACCUUAUGUUGCACAUCCAGAAAUGUAGGUGCUGAACCAAUGACUAAUCCCAUUCUAAUGCUAGUUCUUAAUUAAACAUGAAAUGUGGAAUGUAAAGCCCAGAUGAUAAGUCUAAAAAUAUUUAUAUCACUGUUAAGUAAGGAUGGAGGACAAGUGCUUGCUAAUGCCUCAUAUCACAUGCUGAAUUGUGCAUAUAGGCUGGAAAAUACCAGCAUGGCCUUGUAUAAAUGGUGUGAGAUAUGAAUCUCUGCAGAAAGACAACACAUUUAAGGUCACAGAGACGCAGACACUUGAGCAUAAUCUAAUAGACGUCUCACUCUCACACUCGCCGACUUUCAAUGCUAAUUUGUUUGAGUUCAGUGAGAGAGGGUGCAGCUCUGAGGGUGUGGAGCUUCCUGUGAUUUUAAAAUAACUGAGGUGUAUUUUCCAGACAGGGGUUUCACAUAUUUUCCACUCAAGCUUUAUUCACUGACAUUGUAAGGUUCACUGCUUAAAAAGCCCUGAGGUCAUUACACAAACAAAAGGAGUGAAGGCUCCAUUUGUGAAUUUGUACAUUUUAUGCACAACAUCUGUUGUACAGUGUGUUGUUGUUUGUUUAUCUCUUGCUUCAUACAACCUUAUUUCCUAAAAAGUUGGGACAUUGUGUAAAAUGUAAAUACAAACAGAAUGUGGUUAUUAACAAAACAAUGAUCUCACAUUUUUGAAAGAAAAUAAAAGACAGAUCUCUGAGAAACUAAAAUUUUUGUUCUUUUUCAAGUACAUUUCAAAGCAAUCCCUUUUAAAAACGUAGGGAAAGUGGCAACAAAAGACAGUAUUAAGUUGUAAAAAUAACACUUGAUAGUUUCAGUUUACUGGCAACAAAUUAGUGUCAUUAUUCUAUACAAAAAUCACCCCUUUAUGUCUGUAUUUUCAUUUUACACAGUGUCCCAACUUUUAGGAAAUUGGCUCUGAUAACUAAUUAUUGUUGUUACACCUGUGAGAUUCUCUGUCUUAAAAACCACACAAGGAGUCAAACAGGAAAACAAAUGACAUCAUCUAGCCAGCAAUGAAGCAAACUAGCUUCUAGUAAGUGGUUUUAUAUUUUGUUAGCUGAAAUUGAAACAUCAGCUGCUUUCAUUACCUGUAGUAUGCUAGGUUAGCUAAUUCUUUUGUUCUUUGAAACAGGUUGACAAGCAUCUUAAGCAAUUGUUCAAUGUUGAAGCAGGAUUUUUAUAAUUGAAAUCAUGUAAAAGUGGCCUUGAUCAUGACUUGAUAGCUAUAUAGCCUACAUUAGCAUUAGAACACUGCCUACAUGCUCUAAAUGCAUUCGGCUACCUGACCAUUACACCAAAAAUACAUGUACUUUAAUAGGGAGUUGGCCCCCCUUUUGCAGCUACAACAGCCUCUACUCUUUUUUAGAAGGCUUUCCACAAGAUUUU